AUGUCAUUCCAUUUAAGCACAAAGGAGAGGUUGCUCCUUCUUAUAGAUGACAUGGAAUUAAUAGCCAAGGAAUUAAUCGACAAUCUCCUGCCGAAGCAUCAAAAGUCUACAGCUGAACACACCGCACUUGUAGAUUUGCUCGUGGCCAAAGAUGAGGAAUUUCGCAAGAUGUUGGAAUUGGCUGAUGAACAAGCUAAACUCGAGCAGAAAAUGGAUGAAUUGAAGGCCAAGGUAGAUGUACAGGACCGAGAGAUACAGAAACUUCAGAAAUCACUAAAGGAAGCUGAACAGAUUUUGGCCACUGCUAUAUUCCAGGCUAGGCAGAAACUUGCUAGUAUUAAACAAGCCAAUAAAAGGCCUGUUUCCUCUGAGGAAUUAAUUAAAUAUGCACAUCGUAUAAGUUCUGCAAAUGCUGUCAGCGCACCAAUUACAUGGUGUAUAGGAGACGUACGGCGACCAUAUCCAACUGAUAUCGAAAUGCGUAAUGGUUUCUUGGGCAAAUCAGACCUCAAUAUAAAUGGCGGCGGGGUGGUGCACCAAAAUAACAUGACCGAUAAUCAGCGCAGCGUUAAUGAAGUCCCAAACGCAUUCCAAAAUCAGUUUAAUUGGACGAACAUGGGAGAAUUGCAUAUGUCUAUGGGUUCGUCGGGCAAUUCAGUUGCUUUGGAGACACGUUCCCACAAAGAAGCCUCUCAAGAUGAUGUUGAAGUUAUGUCUACGGACAGCUCAAGCUCAAGUUCUAGUGAUUCUCAGUAAUAAAAUAAAAUGUUCUAA